AGCCGAGCCGCCGCCAGUCACGCGCCCGACUUCGCUCGCUCGCGCGCGCACGCGACGCACGCACGGGACGGAACACACUCGCGCACUCCCACUCCCACUCCACCGCUCCGCUCUCCCUGCCUGGCCCACGGCCGCCGCGCCGCCUGCCUUGCCUGCCCGCCUGCAUGGGCGACCACCACCACCCGCGGGCCCGUCCCGCCGCCGGCGACCUGCGCCCGCCGGAGCCGCCGCUCGACCCGCUCGAGUUCCUCUCCCGCUCCUGGAGCGCCUCCGCCGUCGACGUGCCCCGCCCGCGCCCGCCGUCGCCGGCGCCGCUCCUCGCCGCGCCCAUCGCCGAGGACCCCGCCUGCUGCGAGCUCGACGACGGCGCCGCCACGGCCGGCAGCUCCUUCUCCUUCGCCUCCGCCGCCACCUCGCAGUUCAUCAUGGAGCGGAUCCUGGCGCAGUCGGAAGUGGCGCCCCUCACAACCGGACGGCUCUCCCACAGCAGCGGCCCGCUCAACGGCGGCGGCUCGCUCACCGACAGCCCGCCGGUCUCGCCGGAGAUUGACGACUCGCAGGUUUAUUCCACGCCGCUUCAUCAUUGUGUCCAUUUAUCCUCUGAGAUUAUAUACUGCAGGGCGGGCACGCCGAAGCCACAGGCGUACCGAGGAGGCAGCAAGACGGUCGGCCGGUGGCUCAAGGACAGGAAGGAGAAGAAGAAAGAGGAGACCCGAGCGCACAACGCGCAGGUCCAUGCCGCUGUUUCGGUCGCGGCGGUGGCUGCUGCGGUUGCGGCCGUUGCUGCUGCCACCGCUGCGGCCUCAAGCACCGGCAAGGAUGAUCGCGCGGCCCGCACCGACAUGGCCAUGGCCUCCGCGGCGACGCUCGUGGCCGCGCAAUGCGUCGAGGCCGCGGAGUCCUUGGGGGCCGAGCGCGAGCAUUUGGAGGCGGUUGUUAGCUCGGCGGUGAAUGUCAGGACGCCUGGCGACAUCGUCACGGUCACAGCUGCUGCUGCUACUGCAUUGAGAGGUGCAGCCACAUUGAGGGCGAGGGCUCUGAAGGAGGUGUGGAACAUAGCGGCGGUGAUCCCGGUCGAGAAGGGGACGAUGGGAGGAGGAGGUGCAGGAGGAGGGCACCAUCACAAGCAGAUUGUGCAAAAGCAGCAGCAUCGCAAGCUGGAGAGCAACGGCAGCAGCAUCAGCGAUCUUUCGCUAGAGGAGGAGAACAACUUCCUGGGCGUGUGCAGCCAAGAACUUCUUGUUCGCGGCACCGAGCUCCUUAAACGCACGCGGAAAGGCGCACUGCAUUGGAAGGUCGUAUCAGUGUACAUCAACCGAAUGGGCCUGGUCUCUCUGAAAAUGAAGAGCCGGCAUGUCGCAGGGACAAUCACCAAGAAGAAGAAAGGUGUGGUGAUCGACGUGUGCAAGGACGUGGCGGCGUGGCCCGGGCGGCACCUGCUGGAGGACGGCGAGCACCGGCGCUACUUCGGGCUGAGGACGGCGGACCACCGGGUGAUCGAGUUCGAGUGCACCAGCCAGAGGGAGUAUGAGCUGUGGACCAAGGGCGUGGCCCGCCUCCUCAGCAUCGCCGGCGAGCGGAAGCGUCCCCUGUGACUGACUGAGUGGGCUGCCGACGCCGGGCUUUUGGUCGUCCGAACUCCGGAGCCGUCCCAUGUGUGCGUUUGUUUGCUAGGCUGUAGAUGUGAGGCGAGGGGCAACAGAAGAAAACAGCAUGGGCUAUGUAUGGGGUGUACCUCUUGUCCUGCAAGAGAAAUGGACCAUCAUGCCGUUGCUACUUGUUAGGGCUGGAAGUGAACUGAAGGCUGUGUGUUUAUGUGCAUGUGGUUGGGUUGGGGUUUCCAUCAGCUCAUGUGUGAAGAAGAGUGGCUAGAGUGAAGUUCCCCCUUUGCUCUGUUUCCUUUGUGUCUUAAGUUUUGCUUCUCACCUGUGGUGUGUCGGUGGCCUAUUAUACAGAGAGACAUCUAGUGGCGGGAGAAGA